AUGUCGUAUCGAAGUGAUAAAAUUGACGGGUCCAAUUUUGUGAAGAGUGCUUGUUACCGGAACAUCAGGUUUUACAUUUGUUGUGUUCAUCAACUUUUAAAGGAAAAUUAUACUGUACGUGACCUUAAUAAUCAUUUCAAAAUUGAUCCACUGAAACAACUAGAAGGAGCAGCUGAAUGUUUGGAAUUGGUUGAAGUAGAUUUGGAAAAUGAUCAAGGAUGGUCUCAAGCAACAGCUAAUUGCACCUAUGUUUUGCAUGUUGCGAGUCUUUUUCCAAUUGUCACUCAUGAAUCAGUCAUUUCAACUGCAGUAGAUGGUACUCUUCGAGUAUUACGAGCUGCUGCAUCAAAUUCAUCUCUAAAAAAAGUUGUUGUUACUAGUUCUUGCGCUGCUCUUAAUGACACUAAGUUCAAGUUAACUGUAAUCAAUUCGGCACUUGUUGGACCUCUCCUUUAUAAUGUACAAGGAAUGAGUAUCGAUAUAAUACGUCGUUUUUUGAACAAUGAAAUUCCCGCAGUACCAGCAGUUCAAUUUGGUUUAAUAGACCUACCUGAUAUAGCACAAGCACAAGCACGUGCUAUGCGAGAACCACGUAGUGAUGGAUUACGAAUUUUAUUAAGUUAUCAACCAAGUUUCUGGUUUCUGGAUAUUGCCAAUGUUCUACGUGAUGAAUUCUCAUCGCAGGGUUACAGUAUCCCAAGAAUUACAGUGCCAUAUCCGAUAGCAUGGCUUUAUUCAUUGUUCAGCAACAAAACAAAGCGGUAA